GUACCGUACAGCGUAUGGAUUGUAAGUACAGUACGUGUAUGACAGCUCGGGCUGUUAGUGCAUCCAAAAUUUUGUAUGCAGAAGUCAUCCUCUCUACUACCGGUACCCUCUCUAACAGUAAGAGUUGUCCAGGACGGUUCAAUACAAAGCCAAUCAGCAGAGUCCCGAUGAUUUGCGCCCCUUAUCAACGACUCUCAGUCGACCAGUUGCGCCCACUCCACAGGAAGCGCAUUGCACUCGCCGACUCAUCAGGAUCGAACAUACGAAGUUGAUUAAAUAUCCUGAGACCGAAUUCCAAAAUGGAACCUGUUCAAUCUCUCGCGGCCAACUAUGCCGCGGCCAUCAAAGUCAUCGACGAGGCGCACGCACAGGACCCCAACACGAUCGCGGGCGACCAUGGCACUGUCCCGUACGAGCUUCACUACGCGCAGAAAAUGACUCGCUGGCUGGCCAAGCGCAAACCAGACGCAUCACCUGCGCUACAGCUCGCCUGCCGCGCCCAGCACUUUCGCCGCUGGGAACUACCCCGAUCCAGCUACCCCAUGACACGCGCGGGCUACCUGACAUGGCGCGCGAAGCAGAAGAGCCAAGCAGCGUUGCAGGUUGCCGAGCUGCUGUCUUCGUCGCCGGCAAUCCAGCCGCCGCUGGGCCGGGACGAGGUUGAGCGGGUGGCCGCCCUGGUGCGCAAGGAAAACCUGAAGGACGACGAGGAAACGCAGGUGCUUGAAGACGUUGCGUGUCUCGUGUUUCUGGACGACCAGUUUGACGGGUUCGAGACAAAGCCCGAGAUUGACGAGGACAAGGUGGUCGGGAUCCUGAGGAAGACGUGGGCUAAAAUGAGCAAAGAGGGUCAGCAAUUGGCCCUGGGCAUGCAAUUGAGCGAGCGGGCCACGAUGUUGAUCCAGAAGGCGUUGGCCGUGGACGGGGAGGGGUCGAGUUAAGCUAUUUUCCUCAUGAAUUCAGGCGAGGUUUG